AUGACUAACUAUGAAAAUACUCUUUGGAAAUGUAGGCUUAUUUACUUUCAAGAGAACAAAACAUGGAGCCUGUUAGAAUUUCUACAGUGGAGUAUCGUAUAUGCAAAAGAUUUCAAUGAAAAACAAGAUGAGCAUUUGUUAUACAAGAUUUGUUUGGAGAAACUUUCUAUCAAUCCUCAAUUAAUAGAGACUAAUGACAGCAAUGAAUCCAUAAUAAUAAAACAGUUGGCGUUGCAAUAUUCUCUGGAUGCGUCUAGAGAAGUGUCUUGUUAUAGCUCCGUUAUUAAUGCUGAAAGUACUAGGAUGAGUCUUAAUUCCCGGGGGAUGAGUCCUCUCAGAGAUGCGUCUCUGUGUUCGGAAAGAAUCGAAAUCGUUCAACGUAAAAGCUUUCUGGAAAAAUAG